UCCGACUAACCCGACCCCCUCGAUUCCCAUCUGGCCUCCGACGGGCCGGAGGCGGGGUUCCGCGUCGGGAGGGGGCUCCCCAGAGAUUCAGAGACCCGAGCCCGGGGCGCCCGUCUCUCCAUCUCGCUCGAGGGGCUCCCGAGGUCACCCCCGUCUCUGUCUCCACCCCUGCCUUCCCCCAGGAGGAUGCGGCCGUGGCCGGGCUGGGGGCUGCGGGGCCUCUGGACGGCGGUGGGCGUCUGCACGACCGUUGGGUUCGUCCUCCAGAUCUGGGGGGGCCCCUUCCACAGGAGGUCCUCGAGCCCCCGGGGGGGACCGCCGGGCCCGUGGGGGGCUCCCGGCCCUCAGUGCUCUCCGCGGGACCACCUGGUCUUCCUGAAGACCCACAAGACGGGCAGCAGCUCGGUGCUCAGCCUGCUCCACCGCUACGGCGACAGGCGCAACCUGACCUUCGCCCUGCCCGCCCGCUACCAGUUCGGCUACCCCCGGCCCUUCCAGGCCAGCAGGGUCAAAGGGUACGACCCCCAGGCCCGGCCCCCCCAACGCUACCACAUCCUGUGUCACCACAUGCGCUUCAACCUGCCCGAGGUGCUCCGCCUGAUGCCCGCCGACAGCUUCUUCUUCUCCAUCGUCCGGGACCCGGCCUCGCUGGCGGCGUCGGCCUUCUCCUACUACCGCUCCGUCUCCUCGGCCUUCCGGGCGGCCCCGUCCCUGCAGGCCUUCCUGGCCGCCCCCCGUCGCUUCUACCGGCCCGGGGGCCGCGGAGACCACUACGCUCGCAACCUGCUGUGGUUCGACUUCGGCCUCCCCCUGCCCGGCCCCGAGGCCCCCGCCGAGCCGCGGCGGGCCGCGCGGCCCCCCGGCCCUCCCCGGGACGCCGGGGCCUCCCGACCCUCUCCCGGGCCCUCGCCGGACGGCCCCGGCCCCCGGCCCCCCGCCGCCCCCUCGGCAGGCGCCCGGCCGACCGGACGCCCCGGGCCCGACCCCGACCCGGUCGUCGGCGGGGACGGCCCGCCGCCGUCGUCCCCCUCCUCCCUCCCGGCCCGCUUCGUCCGGCGGGCCCUGGAGUGGGUGGACGCGACCUUCGACCUGGUCCUGGUGGCAGAGCACUUCGACGAGUCGCUGGUCCUGCUGGCGGCCGCCCUGUGCUGGGAACUGGAGGACGUGGUCGGCUUCGUCCACAACGCCCGGGCGACCGGAGGGGGCAGAGGGCACGGGGUCGGGGAGCGGCACCCGUUGACGGCGGUCCGCGCCCGGGCCUGGAACGAUCUGGACUGGGCCCUGUACCUCCACGCCAACCGCAGCCUGUGGGCCCGGGCCGAGCGGUUCGGGCUGGGCCGCCUGGCGAGCGGGGUGGCCGAGCUCCGGGCCCGGCGGGCGGCCCUGGCCGGGCGCUGCCUGCUGGGGGGAGGGGCCGUGGAGCCGGGCCGGAUCGCCGACCGGGGGCUGCGGCCCUUCCAGUUCGGGACGGCCGGGAUCCUGGGCUACGCCGUGAGGGGCGGGCUGGCCCCCCGGGACCGCGAGGCCUGCCUGCAGCUGGCCAGGCCCGAGCUCCAGUACAAGGACUGGCUGGACGCCAAACAGUUCGGGCGGAGGACGGCCGAGGGCGGAGGCGGGGUGCGAUAAGGACGCCGAUGACGCCAACUGCGGUAUCUGUUGAGCGCUCACUACGUGCCGGGCUCCGUACUAAGCGCCGGGAUAGAUACGAGGU